UAAAAAAUUCAACCGCCAUUAUUGUUAUGUUUCUUAAUCAGGCUGCUUUCACUGUGUUCGUUGGGCUCGUCCGGAUUUUAAGUUGCUGUUUUGAAAAGAAGACACGAUUCUUACGCAUUAUUCUUAGAGAGAACAUCAGAGCUCUCAAAAAUGGAUUCUCGAUUUGCUGACCUUCGGCGGCGAGACAUGAGCGUGUCAAUGCUCCGAGUGAAGCAGUCACGCCGGAGAUCUCAGUGCCAAAAAGAGAACCGGGAGCGGAUGGUGAACACUCGCAGGCAGCUGGACAAACUGCCAGAAGGGGACGUGUCUUCUCUGGACGUUUCCACGGUGACUACCAACAUGUCCACUGUUCAGAAGAAGACACAGAUCAAGGCCACACCAGCUAACACCGCAGUAGUAGACAGGCUGCAGCGGCUACAGAACUGGAAAGAGCAGAAGGAGCUGAAGAAGGAAAAGGAAAAAAGAGAGAGGGAGUCAAAAAGAGUGUUCAAGACUGGCCUCUAUCAACCCAAAGACAUGUUCAGUUUUGCUCCGCUGCCUGCCGUCCCGUCUGCUACAUCCAGACCCAGAGAGACAAAGAUGAAUGUAGCUCCACCCCAGAGCAGCAGAGUCACUCGCUCCAUGAAACAGGCCCAGCAGGAACCACAGAGGUUUCUGCAGCCUCUGGUGACGCAGCAUCAGAACACUCGGGCGAACAGAGUCCAGCCGGCCAGGACCCGUUCUGCUGCCACCAAGACCAGUGCAGCAUGUCAAUCUGUGUGUCUGUCAGGCUGUCCUGCUGCGUCAGGGCCAGGCGGCCGAGCGUUAUCCACCAGAUCGGCCAACAGGCCUCCGGUUACUAGAGCUCAGGCUGAGGUGAAAGACAAUCCUAAGGCCAAAGAUGGAAGAACCACAAGGAACAGAGCAGUUAUCAACCCUCUACCGCCCUCGUCUGGAGAAGGAAGGAACUGUAAAGCUGUCAUCACCACAGUCCAGCCUGAUGAGCACAAGGAGGCCGAGCUCACCGAACCUCCGGUCCAGGAACAAGAGAAAGCAGUCUGUCCUCCAUGCCCCACGCCUGGCCGCGAGGACAGAGCCACGGCAGUGAGCCCAGCUCCAGAGGAAGCCGCCCCUGCUGAGGGUUCUGCUGCUCCUUCAUUUGCCCCUGACGGUUUCAUCUUUGAGGCCCCUGCCGGGCUGUCGGCCUUCAAGUUUGAGCCUCUCACCCCCCGAUCGGCAGACGCCUUCCUCACUCCGAGUCCCAGUUUCAGUUCCCUACCAGCACCAGUGUUCAGUGAUGAACCUCCAGCUGAGCCUGGAGAGCCCACUCCGCCCGAGCCUCCCGGCCGCUCUCCUCUGCGCAUCGCUUCGGCCUCAGCCAGCCCGCAUGAGUCAAAGCAUGACGUGCCGUACUUCAGAUCAGAAAUGUCCAACGAGACGGACAGACUGACAGACCUUUGUCUCCGCUGGGAGUCCAGAGUGGAGGACGAAACCAUCCCAGAAGAGAUGAGAGACCGAAUGCGCACAGCAGUAGGCCAGGCGAGGCUGCUGAUGAAGGAGCGCUUCAAGCAGUUCAGCGGCCUGGUGGACGACUGCGAGCUGAGCCGCGGAGAGAAGGUCACCACCUGCACCGACCUGCAGGGCUUCUGGGACAUGGUGUACUUCCAGGUGGAAGACGUCAACAGGAAGUUUGAUGCCCUGAGAGAAGCAGAGGGCCGCGGCUGGUUGGAGGAGCUGAAGCCGCCCCCACGACAGAGGAGAGCGGUGAAGAAAACGUUGGCCGUUCCCGCCAAGCCGCCAGGAAACAAAGCUGCAGCCAAAUCUCGCCUGGCGGCGGUGAAAGCUGCCAUGAAAGCCCGGCAGCAGGCAGAGAAGGCAGAGGACACAGGGGGCGCUGCUGGCAGGCAGGAGCCACUGGAAGGUCUCUCCCAGCUGGAGAGCCCAGCCAGACCGUCAACCCGGCGAUCCAGCCGCCUGAGCGCGGCGGCGGUGGCGUUGCCCCAGACGGUGUUGGCCCAGGCUUCCCCCGCGGCAGCUCACCCCUCACCCAGGAGAGUCACCCGCCAGUCCCUUGCAUUGACCCAGACCCCCGUUCCUGCUCCCCCCGCUCAGCCUGUCCACUCUGCACAGAAACACCUGGACUACAAAUCCCAGCAAGAAGCUCCUCAGGCCUCCCAGAAGCAGAACGCUUCUCUCUGCUUCUCCCCUGUAAAGGAAGUUCCUUCAGACGAGUCCCAGAACCAGACGAGUCCCAACCAGCGCUCUGAGCAGGAAAUGGCGUCCGAAGACCUUUCAACUCUUUCUGUGGACAACAAACCCUGUGAUGUCUUCAGCGCCAGACUUUCCCCGUCUUCAUGUCAAACUCCUUCUGCAGUCCAACCACUGGCCCGUUCCCCAUCCGAUCAGGUUCCCAUGGAGACCCAGCCGCCCAGCUCUCCCACUCCAGAUGUUUCAGUCGUUGAGGAAAUUCCUGGUUUGGACUUUGAACGUUAUUUCCAGCCGUCGCAGAGAUGCAGUAUGUCACCGGGGGACACUGUUGCCAUAGAGAUGUCGUCAUCCAUGGGAGCGGAUGUAGAAAUGGAGAGUCCUAAAGGACAACCUGCAGAGCUGCUUGCUCAUCUAGAGCCAGCACUCUCAGCGGUGUCUUCAGUGUUCAGUCCUCAAUCACCACAGGUGCAGACUGCGCAGUCGGCCUUGCUGCUCUUCACCCCGGACCUGAAGGACCGGAUACGCCCGUCCACCUGUCCAAGUGACCUCAUGGUCUUCACCCCUCCAAACGUAUAAAAGCUUCUCUUACAUUGUUCUGUUUUGACUAAACAUGUUCAACGUCUGGAAAAAAAAGAAAAAUUUGUCUUUUUUUUUUUUUAUUUUAUAUAUUCAGUUGAAAAUAUUUCUUUUGCUUCUUUUGAAUUAAACUUUGUGUUUGCAAA